AUGGGUCCUAUAGCCCAAGGUUCAGCUAUCGACAGCUUCAGCCUCAAUUCCAGCUACUUCCUGGCCAAAGGUGUGCCAGUGCUUGGUGCGCUCUUCAAUUUGGGCGAGACGGAGGGUUUCUACUCUUGGGAGAAGUGCCAAGAGAGCAUCGGGGCCUGGUUCACGCAGCAGUCGCGCCGGGAGCGUUUCUACGGCGUGGUGCCCAAAGUGGCGCAGCUGGAUGGACUUCGUGAGAAGAUCUCGGAGACUGACGAAGAAGCUUUAGAAAACAUGGCGAAGAUGAAUGCGGAGCAUUUUGGAAAGCACGUGGAUAUCGAUGGCAUCUUUGCCGAUGCGGCGGCCGAUCCAUGGUGCCGCACGGGCGCUGCGCCCCGACUGGGCACCGGACUGGCAGCCCUGCCGAAGGGUGGCCCGAAAGUCGCCGCCAGCGGAAGUGCGCCGGCCACGAAGAGUUUCCAGCCGCUUUCGCGCGAGCAAGUGACCAGUGCCGCCAAGAAAGAGGGCGCCAAAGGUGGUGGCUGA